GCCAAAACAAUGGCAGUGGGUGACAGUCUUCCCGACUACCUCACAAAUACUCCUCUCCAUCAAUCGUUUGAUUCUGAUAUCCUCGAUACUCAUCUAAUUUACGACUACGAUGCGCAAGACACAGAUGGCAAGCCUGAGAAAUGGAGGUACGAGAUAUGGUGUUUCUCGGACACCCGUGUGGUAUACGCUGUUCACGGAGGUCCAAUGGCGGGCCGAAAUAACUAUCAACGAGCCAUGUAUCAAUGCAUCCGUCCCGGAGAACUUUGGCAAAUCAACUGGCUCGAAGAGACAGGCACGAUUGUCUCCAUUGUUUACGAUAUCAAAGAACAAAGGAUAACAACCCUGGGUGCAUUUUCUGAGGGCCACUGGAAGGAAGCAGAUAAAGCACGCGGAGACAAGAGAAACAGUGAGGAUUUCGAGAGAUGGAGGACACUUGCGAGAAUAGGAAAUCAAACGAGUCGGCUUAUGCUGAGCGAGCAGGCAAAUAUUGUGCAAUCGUUUAAGGGAAAAGGUGAUUUGAAACCGAUUUUACAGGGGGACCCAGUUUUCUAG